AACACUGUUCGGUGGCUUUAAUUAAAAACAACAGCGAAAAUGUCGCAAAAUAUUUAUAUGCAUUAGUUUAAUAAUAAUAAUUUUAAGUAAAAAGGUGAAUUAUUAGAGAAUAAUUAUGUUUAUGCCCGAGACCGCAGUGUUCUGCAUAACACUGCUCGUUUAUGGCGCCAUAUUGCUGCUAUUGAUUUACUAUGUGCUAACGCUGGCCGACUUGGAGUGCGACUAUUUGAAUGCCCAGGAAUGCUGUCGACGCCUCAAUUUCUGGGUCAUACCCAAAUUUGGCUCUCAUGCGCUGCUCUGCAUUCUGCUCCUUAUCUGCGGCCAUUGGGUGAUGUUUUUGCUCAAUUUGCCGAUGGUUGUUUGGCUGUAUUAUGAGCUACAUCGGCAGCGGAGGGACAGCCUCGGCGUCUACGAUCCGGUUGACAUCCAUAGUCGGGGUCUGUUGAAGGUGCAUCUGAGGAACUGCAUGAUCUAUCUGGGCUACUAUUUUGUCAUGUUCUUCGUGGGCCUCUAUUGUUUAAUUUCAUCGCUGAUUAAGGGUGAUCCCAUCAAGCGCCACGAGGAUGACGAAAUUAUCACAGGCUUUUAACCUGUGUGCAGCGUACUAAAUCGAAUUUAUUUAUUGAGUUAAAGUUUGGCAAAAAAAAGAAGAAAGAUUUGUGAAAAUAGUAGUCCAAAAGGUGGACAAAUCCUAACCCUUUGGGACAGUUUAAAUGGUUGCUGAUAGUUCCGCAAGGGCUUCCAAAAAACACACACACAAAACGCAGAGAAAUUAGCAAAAUAUUUUAUAGAAUAACUUGUGUAAAAUGAGAUAUUCGAAAUCUGCGAGAGAUCAGUGUAAAAAUGUCAUCCUAGUCGCACAACGAAUAUGAAUCGUAACAAAAAACCCAGUUAGUCAAUAACAAUUUUAUA